AGGAGUCGAGCGCCAGCCUUCCCAUUCCGCACCAUUCCUCCAUGUCAAGUGACAGGGAAACGGAAGGUCCCUGCUCUCUACAAAGCACAUUUCCCUGGACCCUCAUCUUGAAACAAUGGAGAGUGGUCCUCUGCAGGUGCUGACCAUCCCUACGAGCCCCUACCCUGACCAGAGACCCGGUGUCAAUGGCCUGAGGAAGAAGGUUUAUGUGUUUCAGACCAGGAGAAACUAUCUGCACAACUUCAUCCAGAGCAUCUUCUCCUCCAUUGACUUACCUGACCGGCAGGGUUCAACCAUGGUGGUGGGAGGAGAUGGACGCUUCUUCAACAGACCUGCUGUUGAAGUCAUUGUUCAGAUGGCAGCUGCCAAUGGGAUUGGUCGCCUGAUCAUUGGACACCACGGGGUAAUGUCAACACCGGCCAUCUCCUGUGUGAUCAGGAAAUACAAAGCCAUCGGCGGUAUCAUCCUCACUGCCAGCCACAACCCUGGUGGACCUGAUGGAGACUUUGGCAUUAGGUUUAAUACUGCAAAUGGAGGGCCUGCGAAGGAGACCAUCACAAACAAGAUUUUUCAGCUCAGCCGGACCAUUGUGGAGUUUGCCAUUUGCCCCGGACUGCGUGUAGAUCUGAAAAAUCUGGGAAAACAGACGUUUGAUCUGGAGAACAAGUUUAAACCUUUCACAGUGGAAAUAGUUGAUCCUGUUGAAUCGUACGCUAACCUCAUGAGGAACAUCUUUGACUUUGCUGCUCUGAAGGAGCUUCUGUCUGGAGAGAACCACAUCAACAUAAGACUGGAUGCCAUGCAUGGAGUGGUUGGGCCUUAUGUGAGGAGGAUCCUGUGUGACGAGUUGGGUUGUUCUGCCAGUUCUGCCAUUAACUGUGUUCCCAUGGAGGACUUUGGGGGUCAACACCCCGAUCCCCACCCUAUGUACGCUACAGAUCUGGUUGACAGCAUGAGAGACCAACAGUUUGAUUUUGGUGCAGCAUUUGAUGGGGAUGGGGACCGGAACAUGAUCCUGGGUAAACACGGUCUCUUCGUCGCCCCGUCUGACUCGGUGGCUGUGAUCGCUGACAACGUCUUCUGCAUCCCCUACUUUCAGCGUACGGGCGUGAGGGGCUUCGCUCGCAGCAUGCCCACCAGCACGGCGUUAGACAGAGUAGCCAAAGCAACCAAAAUAGAUCUGUACGAGACUCCAACUGGGUGGAAGUUCUUUGGAAACCUGAUGGAUGCCGGCAUGCUGUCUUUGUGUGGGGAGGAGAGUUUUGGAACAGGAGGAGAUCACAUUCGAGAGAAGGAUGGGCUUUGGGCUGUGCUGGCAUGGCUCUCCAUCAUUUCCACUAAACGGCAGAGCGUGGAGGAGAUUCUGAAGGAGCACUGGCUAAAAUAUGGAAGAAACUACUUCACAAGGUACGACUAUGAGGAUGUCGACAUAGACGCAGCGUGCGACAUGAUGGAGGAUUUAGAGAUUCUGAUCACAGACAAAUCUUUUGUGAAGCAGAGGUUUGCUGUCGAAGACAAAAUCUACCAGGUGGAAAAAGCCGACAACUUUGAGUACACAGACCCAGCUGACAGCACCAUCUCCAGGAACCAGGGACUGCGGAUUAUCUUCUCUGAUGGUUCCCGCAUCAUCUACAGGCUCAGUGGGACGGGUGCUGAGGGGGCAACUGUUCGCAUUUAUAUCGACAGCUACGAGAAGGAACUCAUUUUUGAGGAGACACAGGUGAUGCUGGCUCCACUCGCAACUAUCGCCCUCAAGAUUUCUCAGCUUCAUCGCAGGACGGGUCGAAGUGGCCCGUCAGUCAUUACCUGAGGCCCCGCCCCCUUUCCAUUUAAUUUCACAAUCUUUCAUGUUAUGC